AUGGCUACCAACGGGAAGUCUGGCACUGGGAAGAAGCGCGUCCUGGUGGUUGGAGCGGGAGCUGCUGGCAUGUCGUGCGCCCACCAUCUUGCCAACCAUCGCGACAAGUUCGAUGUGACCUUGAUCGAUUCUGUUGAUUACUGCGGCGGGCAGGCCUUUUCGAUUCCAAUCGACAAAGAACGCCAUGGCGCAGGCUGGUUGAAUCAGGGUGUGCAGGGCGGCGGCUACAUCUUCCACCACACAAUGACCAUGUUCGCGCGCCAGGGCUACCACGCGGAUCCAGUGAAGCUCCAUGUUUCUUUCGGCAAAGGCGAUCAAUUCUGGAGCAACGUAUUUCCCACGAGACUCCUCGAAAGACACCAAAAAGAGAUCAAGAAAUUUAAGUGGAUGAUAUCCUUUGUCCGCAUGUUCGAGGUAUUCUUCGCAUUGAUACCUAUCAAAAUCUUGAUGAAGAUGUUCUUCUUUUCGGACGAGUUCACUAAUACCGUCGCCUUGCCCAUGGUAGCAUUGUUCCUCGGUACUGGCCAGUAUGCGCCUGACGUCCCCGCCAUUAUUCUGGAGAGACUCAUUACUAGCCCGACAUACGGAAUGUGGUAUCCCGGCGAUAAGCUGAGCGUUGCAAGUAAUCAGCCUCCGAUGGUCGUCUUUCCAAGAUUCGAGCACUUUUAUCAAAGUUGGAGGGAAGACUUGGAGUCAAAGGGUGUAGCUGUGCGGUUAUCUACCGAACUUACGCAGGUGGUCAAGAGGGACAAAAACGGUGUCUCAGUGAACCUCAUCAAGCGCAUGCCACAACCGGAUGCACAUAAUCCCAACAGCGCAUGGGUCCCGCAGGAAUCUCGGAAUGGACCUACCGAUGCCGAUGCAAAGGAAGAGACUGAGCAUUACGAUGAGCUUGUUCUCUGCGUUUUGGCCGAUACCGCAAAACACAUUCUGGGCCGUUCGGGAACUUUCCGCGAAAAGCGUGUCCUUGGCUCUGCCAAAUUCGCAGAUGAUAUCACAGUAACUCACUGGGACAGUGAUUACAUGAAGAAGCACUAUGAAAACUUUUACAACGAAGAACAAUCUGUCAAGACGCUUUCCGGCGUUGACCAGAGUACGCGCGUUGACUUCGCCAAGAAGAUGUUCAAGCCUAUGUACUACAUCAAGAUGUACCCUCAAGACCUUUCCAAGCUGGAAAUGUGCUUUGAUUGCACCAACUACCAGAGCCAAUUCCCGCCCGAGGUUCCGUUCGACAGGCAUGUUUUCCAAACCAUCUAUCUCAACAAGAAUUGCGAGAAGCUCUGGUCCAUUGACGAAAUCGACGAGAACAAGAUCAUCCGAAAGGAUUGGUGGCACCAGCUCUGUCACUCGUGGACGCACUACGCGUUCGUGGUGCCAUGGAUGUGGCUGCUCAAUGGUCGCAAGCACACACGUUUUGCUGCCUCAUGGACCCUAGUCAACGCCCACGAAGUCGCUGUCAUGAGCGGUAUUGCAGCCGCAGUAGAUCUUGGCGCCCAAUAUCCUGAGGAUCUGGAGCGUGAUAAAUUUGCUCUGCUAUGCUUUAGGCUCUAUUACCUUCUUACCUACGGCAAGUGGUACCGUAAGAAGGCGAAGCCAGAGGGUGAGGGCAAGGAUUGGGCCAGUGGCGAAUACGGCAGCGUUUACAAGGGACCUGGCGUUGCCAGCAUCGAGAGGUUGACAUGGAGGGAGGAAAAUGGAAUUAAAGAGCAUGAGGCUAACGAUGUACAGCGCAUCUUGGAGUGA